GAUCUCGAGCCUUUGCUCCUGAGCCGAAUCUGCGAUCGGGGUGCAGCGCUGCAGCCCGACAACCUCAUCAUCACCAGGACACCGUCCGGCUACGUGACACAGACUUAUGCGCAGCACGGCCGGCGUGCGAAGCAGCUGGGAUCUGCCCUGACAAAAUGGGGAGUGAAAUGUGAGGAUCGCGUGGCAACACUGAUGUGGAACACAGGUUGGCACUUCGAAUGCUACCAUGCCAUUGCUUGCAUCGGUGCAGUUCUGCACACUCUGAACCUUAGGCUGAAUCCUUCAGACCUGGAGUACAUCAUUUCUCAUGCCCAGGAUCGCGUCAUCAUUGUCGAUGCGGUCCUUUGCACAGUCUUGAAACAGGUCGACACCGCUGCAUUAGCCUCGGUCGAGCUCGUUGUCUUCGUGGGCGAGGACGGUGAGGCUGGUAAGUGGUCUCUGCCCCCAGAGAUAGACGCGAAAAAGGCCAUCGACUAUGAUGCCUUCCUCGCGUCUGGCGAUCAGGACUUUCAGUGGCCCUUGGUGCCGGAAACCUCGACCAUGGGCUUGUGUUACACCUCGGGCACGACUGGAAGACCGAAAGGAGUUGGUUACUCACAGCGCUCGACGUACUUGCACACGCUCAUGUCCAAUGGUGUGGAUCAGCUUGGCAUCUCCGGGCGCAGUGUCGUGCUCCCGUUCGUUCCUAUGUUCCACGUUCUCAGUUGGGGGGUGCCCUUCAACAUCCUCAUGAUGGGCUGCCGUGCUGUGUUCCCUUCCCACUUUACGGAUGCAGGGUCCCUUCUUCAGAUGUUCGGAGACUGGAAGGUGCAGCUUUCGUGCGGCGUCCCGACUGUCUGGCAGGGAGUUCGAGCACAGAUCGAGAAAGAAGGAGUCGCGAAAUGGAAGCCGGUGUUGGCUUUGCAGCGCCUCGUCUGUGGAGGCUCGGCCCCUGCCCCGGAGAUGAUGCGUUGGUACUUGGACGAGCUGGGCGUGGAGUUCAUCCAGGUGUGGGGAAUGACGGAGACGAAUCCACUUGGCUCGAUGUCAGUUCGUCUCGGCAAGUUCUCGGAUUUGGCGAAAAGUGUCGACGAAACUUUCAAGAACGUCCUCAAGGCUGGCUUGCCGAAUCCAGGAGUGGAGGUUCGCGUCGCACAGUUUGACGAUCUCAGCCGCGAUGCACCCUGUGGUCAAACUGGUGAGUUGCUGGUGCGUGGGCCAUGGGUCAUCCAGGAGUACUUCCAGGUAGAUGCUUCCGACAAGUUCUUCCAGGGCUGGCUGAUAACCGGCGACGUGGCAAAGAUCGACGAAGAAGGCUUCAUCAUCAUCAGCGACCGGUCGAAGGAUGUCAUCAAAUCAGGUGGCGAGUGGAUCUCUUCCAUCGACAUGGAGAAUUCACUCACCAGCUUGCCCGGGGUGAGUGUGGCGGCCGUCGUCGGCGUCCCGCAUCCGCGCUGGGAUGAGAGGCCUGUGGCUGUGGUGACUUUGCAUCCGGGCGCGUCCAAAGACAACCUGGUUGAACGAGCUCGACAGCACUUGUCCAAAGCCUUUGCGAAGUUUCAACUGCCUGAUGAUGUGCUGGUUUGGGAUGCGAUUCCGCUCACAAGCACUGGAAAGAUCGACAAGAAGGUCAUUCGUGCCCGUCUCGAGGAGCAGAAGUACAUCGUCCCAACAGCACAGCUUUCGAAGUUGUGA